GAAAUCGUGGGCCGAGUGGUUAAACGUGGGAAAAGUAGCGUUAGAAGGCCCAUCUGAACAAGCCCAUUAAAGAUAGCAAGAAGCUCUAUGUUUGCUUUCAUCUUCCAACCGAUAGACCUUUGAAAACUUGCAGAGUCGAGAGACUGAAGGGUUGUUGAAGAAUGGAAGCUACAAGUGUCUCAGGCAGUAAGGGUACGGUGAUUUCUGAGAAAGGGCAAUUUCGUGGAAUCCGAAUAGAGAAUCCCUUUACUUUGAAGGUGGGUCAAAUUUUUACAGGCUUUGGCGUCGGAUGUGGCGUCGGUAUCGGCGUUGGCCGCCCCAUAAACAUGGGUAAAUUCUUUUUCUUCCUUUGUCGUCCCAUAAACAUGGGUGCAAUUCCUGUCAUGAACGAAUUAAUGAGUGCCACAAGAGGUGCAACCGAUGCGUUUUCUGGCAUAACGAGGCACUUAAAUAACUCUCUCAGGAAAUUAGGAGCUACGAACAUCCAAGCUGGCAUUGGGUGUGGAGUUGGUUUUGGCCAUGGUUUUGGUAUUGGCCUGGCUAUCAAGCCUUCAUUUCUACAUCAAGUUCACUCUUCUGCGAUGGUAGCAAUGGAGAAGGUGAUGACAAAAUUAGGAAAUAAUCCUAGUCUUCCAAUUAGUCAAGGCGCCGUACCAGUAUCACUACAAUCUGCGAGCAGCAUGACAAAUGCUUCAGAGAAUGAACAUCCUAUUGCAAGUAUCAGAAAAAUUGCAAAAGAAGUGCCUGGAACAGCCCUAGAAAAUCUGUCUGGAUAUCGAGACAUGUCUAAGGGAUCCACUCUUCAAAAUGCUCUAUCGAGCAGAUCAUAUGGAACUCGAACUGAAAAGGUCAUUGACAGUUUCUUGCAAAAUCCUGUUUUUAAAGGAGAAGAUACUGAACUGAAGGAUGAGGUUGGACGGCUGCGGCUUGAGAACCAUCUCUUCCAAAUGGUAAUAAUGCAUCAGAAACUUAUUCAAGAGCUUAGGGAGGAAAAUAACAAGCUUCACCAAAUACUAGUGGAAGACUUGAAAAUACCUCCCAGCAAGCUCCAAGCAAGUAACAUAGGUAGAAAUAUUCCACCAUGUUCGGAUUGUUUCGAGUGCCGAAGAAAGCAAAGGAGGAGGAGGAGCUAAUCAAUCUGAAUGAUUUCCUUCAUUUGGUUGAGACUAGAUUCAAUUGAUUCUUCGGAGAUAUCUUCUAUCAUCCCUUCCAUUUUGGAAGCACUCGAACACGGUCUGAACAAAAAAGUCAAAGGUAUUGAAAUCAUACCUUUGCUCAAAUAUUAACAAAAUGGCAUCAUGUUUUCAUAGAAGUUUACAACAUAGAAACUUAGGUACAACAUUUGAGUUCAAACCAGGCCCUGAAGAAAAAAGGUGAGUUUGUUUGAACAAAACAAAACAACAUGCCUUUGUUGGGUUGUUGAUGUAUUUGAACAUUUAAACUGCAAAAUUUUGUGAGUUUUAGGUUUAAAGCUAAUUUUUAGACA